CAAUAUAUUAGACGUAUAAAUUGAGGACCUCGAGUAUUUAAUUUUUUGCUUUUUUAUUUUUAAAAAAUAAAAUGAGAUUUGGAUUUACGUCAAUAAAUAUACAUAUACAGUUCAAGGUCUCUUGAUGUUGAUAAUAGACAUAUGCGAAUGCAAGGUGAUAAUAGACAUAUAUUUAUUUCACUCAUUUGAGCAAAUCGUAUAUAAAUUGAGCAAAAUACCUCCAAAUAUUCACUACAAUAAUUUUUAGAAGAUGCGCUGUAUAUUCGUAAUUGUUCUCGUAGCCUUGAGCUUCGUGAGUACUGCUCCAACAAGAAAUAAUCUCGUAGAGGAUUUGAAUAAGCUUAAUGUCGAGAGGUCCUUACAGCAUAAACGUAUAAGUUUAAAAUGCCAAAUACUAUUUUGGCAAAAAGCAGUUGAGAAUAAGAAUAAUAAGCAAACGGAUAUUGAAAAGAUGCAAAUGUUACUAGAUCAGUAUGUUUAUUGGGACAAAACUUGGCCUAGAAGUAUCAGUGAAGAAGACUACAGAAAAAUUGAAAAAAGCGUUGGCCUUUGGACCGAGAAGCCAAGUUUUGACACUUUAAAUUCGUAUGUAAAUGGUGACUUCCACGUGAUCAAGUUAAAAUACGAAGAAAUGAGGAAGCAAAUGUUUGAUGAUUUCCAUACUCGAGAAACCGAAAUUAUUCGUUUGUAUAAGGAAGCUGGACAUACUGAUGCAUAGUUAGAUAAAUUGUAUAAUUGUAUAGUUUUCUUCAACAUCGUGUGCGCGGAUUUUUUUCAUUGCUCAAUACUCUUAGUUAUUAAUUCAAAAAAUGUUUAAGAAUAAAGCAAACA